CCGCCGCGGCCGCGGCUCCAGCUGGCCGCAGCCGUGCCCGGCUCGCCUCGGGUGGGCAGCCCGGCUGGCCCCCUCCCGCCGGCCUCCCCCAGCCCCAGGUACCGCGCCGGCCCCCUCCCUCCCCGCCCGCCGCCCCCCAAGAUGCUGUUUUGGCACACGCAGCCGGAGCACUACAACCAGCACUCGACCGGCAGCUACCUGCGAGAUGUUCUUGCACUGCCGAUCUUUAAGCAGGAAGAACCGCAGCUGUCUCCCGAGAAUGAUGCCAAGCUGCCUCCCUUUCAGUACGUCCUCUGCACAGCCACAUCACCUGCUGUGAAACUGCAUGAAGAAACCCUGACCUACCUCAACCAAGGUCAGUCUUAUGAAAUCCGUCUACUUGAGAAUAGGAAAUUGGGAGAGUUUCAAGAUUUAAACACAAAAUAUGUAAAGAGCAUAAUUCGUGUAGUUUUCCAUGAUCGACGCCUGCAGUACACAGAGCAUCAGCAGCUCGAGGGCUGGAGGUGGAGUCGGCCUGGGGACCGCAUCCUUGAUAUAGAUAUUCCGCUGUCAGUUGGUAUCUUGGAUCCCAGGGCCAGCCCCACCCAGUUGAACACUGUUGAAUUUCUGUGGGAUCCAUCAAAAAGAGCCUCAGCAUUCAUUCAGGUACAUUGCAUCAGCACAGAAUUUACUCCACGGAAACAUGGAGGAGAGAAAGGGGUGCCCUUCCGGGUACAAAUCGACACCUUUAAGCAGAAUGAAAAUGGUGAAUACACAGAACACUUGCAUUCUGCCAGCUGCCAGAUCAAAGUGUUCAAGCCUAAAGGAGCAGACAGGAAACAGAAGACUGACAGGGAAAAAAUGGAGAAGAAGACCACCCAAGAGAAGGAGAAGUAUCAGCCUUCCUAUGAGACAACUAUUCUCACAGAGUGCUCUCCCUGGCCAGAUGUGCCUUAUCAAAUGAACAAUGCUCCAUCUCCAAGCUACAACAGUUCUCCCAACAGCUUCAACCUUGGAGAUGGCAACAGUUCUCCAACCCACCAAGUGGAGCUCCUGCCUCCCAGCAAUGAUCAUCUCCUUCCUUCUGCUUCUAUUCAAGAUGCCCAGCAGUGGCUUCAUCGUAAUAGGUUCUCUCCAUUCUGUAGACUCUUCUCAAGUUUUUCGGGUGCUGACUUACUGAAGAUGUCCAAAGAAGAUUUUGUUCAAAUCUGUGGGCCUGCUGAUGGAAUUCGGCUCUUUAAUGCAAUCAAAGGAAGAAAUGUAAGGCCCAAGAUGACAAUAUAUGUCUGUCAAGAACCAGAGCAAAACAGGUCUCAUCUCCACCAAAAACGAGAAAAUGGAGAUGGCAGUCUUUGUGUAUAUCAUGCAAUAUUUUUGGAAGAAUUGACCACACUGGAAUUAAUCGAGAAGAUUGCAAACUUGUACAGCAUUUCUCCACAGCAGAUAAAUCGAAUCUAUCGGCAGGGACCCACAGGGAUCCAUGUAUUAGUGAGCAAUGAGAUGGUGCAAAACUUCCAAGAUGAAUCUUGUUUUGUUAUCAGCACAUUAAAAGCUGAAAGCAAUGACGGCUACCACAUCAUUUUAAAAUGACCGUGCUGCACAGAAAGACUUUAAGAGCCUAAAAUUUAGUGCCUCACUGAGAUUGCUACAACCUAGACUGGAAACAUGAAGAACCUUCUGGAUAAAAUGCUCCUAUGAACUAAAUAUUACCAAACAGCUUAAGGAAAAACUUGCUUUUACAGAUAUACAUUUUUGGUGGUGUGUUGCUUUGUUUUUGUUUGUUUUGAAGCUGGAGCUGAGAACAUCCUCAAAGCUUGUACAUGUUUCUUCCUCCCUCCCUUCCUCUUCAGCCUUAAAAAUUGGUGAAGUUUCUGCUUAUUACUUAGAAACAUCUGCCUUGUACUAAAGAGAAAUGAAAGAUAAGCAAAAACCAAUUCUCUAGACCCCUCAUGGUUGGAUGAAUUGAUUUGUUUACUGCUCUGAGUGCUUUCAACACACACCCUGUUGCUGACGGACAUGGGCUCCCUGGGGCUGCUCUGUUACUCGUUGAGGUGGAAGGCUUGGGGCUAAAUCUAGAAACAGAUUGGGCAAUGCAGAGGAUGGAUUUGGUGCCCAGUUCUCACCCAGAGUGUCAACCCUGGAAGCCUGCACUUAGCUGCUUUUCACCUGUAGAUGUGCUCAAAGUCCAGGGACCUUGGUCUGUUCUGACACAGCUUCUGUAAUACCAAUCCAACAGAACAAUUUUGUGGGGUUUGAGGGGGCACAGACAACCUGAGGCAGGCAGUUCUGUACCAUAUUAUAUCUGUAGCUUUAGAGUAGUCUCCUUGAAGGGAGUAUAUGAAGGUUUUCUGAGGAAAUGUUUUGAACAUUGAAAGUUGUAGAGCUCAUGACAAAUUCAUACUAUGGGUUUAUUCUACUCUACAAAGCAUUGAUUAACUGCUAUCUUUACUAUAACUGGGAAUUAGGCUUAAUAAUCUUAAUUAUUUAUCUUUCUGUUAUCACCAACGUAAGUAAAACUGAGUUUUGAUUGAGUCCAGGUAAUGGAUCAUCUUAGUUGCCGCUUCUUAUGUUCUUGCUCUUUCACUCCAGACUCCUGUUUCCAAUAUCUGCAACUAUGGUCAAUCAACUCCACCCUCCCUUGGUCUUUUGGGAGGCCAUAUAGGCUCCACUAAGCUGAAAAAGUGGCUUUCACUGAUGUCAAAGGCAAACUGGAUCACACCCUUCUUGCACGGAUGGAGCACUUUCACUUUUGGCAGUUAAUUAAUAAGGCUGUUUCCCAAAAAGAAUGUCCAUAUCACAUCAAAUUCUGAUACCUGAACAUUUAAUUUUAUCCCGAAUUGAGAUGGAAAGCUGAAAUACCAAAAAUUUUCCUGGAAUGGAAAUUUUUCAAAAAAUGAAAAACUGUCAGCUGGAAAACACUGAAUAAAAUGUUCUAGCCUUUUGAAAUGGAAACAUUUAAUUAAAUCCAUUUGGCCCUUAAAGCAUCAUCAGUUUAAGCUACUGUUGCAGACCUCAGAAAUUACCAUUCAAGUGCCUUGUGUGCCAUGUCUCCCUUGGGGCCCAGCCCUUUGGCUGGGUUACAGAUCCCAUGAUGCUCUUACCAUGGGUUAGUCAAAGGGGGAAUGCGUCAUGAAGGCUGGAGGGGUGCCCAGGAGCCCAUCCUUCUGGGAAAGAGGGGGACAUGGAGCCUGUGAAUUACAGCUCCCAGCUGACACUGGAGGAAUUUGGACAGACAUGGACUGAUAUUUUUCUGACAAAAAUGAUGUGUUUCAAGUUUUCCCAACAGAAAUAAUCAGCAAAAUAUUGAGAAAAGCAAACUUUUUUUUCAUUAAAAGCAUCGUUUUGCACAAAAAACCCCACCCAUCCCCACUGAUUUAUUUUUUACACCAAAAAUAAUACAAGAAUAGAAAAAUCAUGUUACAAUGGGAAAACCUUCAGCCAACCCAGCUAAUUAGAGUAACAUUGCUUACUUAGGCACGAUCUUGCUGAAGUGCCUGUCCUAGAUGCUCCAUGAAUUGUAGUGUUUCUCCAAAAAUGAUGCCCAGACUUUAGGAAAUGGCAAUUCCUCCCCCUGAAGUGAAGAAGCUUGAGGCUCCUUUGUUGAGGACCUGGUUGUGUAGGUGAGGAAGUUGUAGCUGGUCUCCUGGAGCGAGGGAGGUCAGACAGAGAAGCUGUGGGGAGCUUUGAAGGAAGAUAUGCCUUUGUUGAGGAUGGGAAAUGCCAUCUCUCUGAGAGGAAGGUGAGGCCAUGUCAAGCUCAACUCUACCUUGGUGCCUGUGUUGCUUCCCUGGCUCUGCAGGCAGCUCUGCACUGCUGUGCAUGUGGAAGGAGGCAACUGGGGAGAUCCCGGUCCUGGGCACUGAGGCAACCAGGUUGUGGCCGCACAGUUACAGCUGCCCUCCAAACAGGGAAUAAAUUCCAGCUGUGUUUGUGAGUAGGUGGGACAAAUGUGCCCCUAUGUAUCAGGAGCUGUUUGGUUUAUUUUGUGGAAAGUACUUUAGAAGAUGUAUGUUGGCUGUGCUUUUGCAUCCUGUUUUAUGAUACUUGCCUAAUAUCUGGUAUGGCUGUUGUUGGCAUGCAACUCAGAGAGGUCAAUCUGACCUGAUGAGAAGGGUUUGAAAAGGACCUUGGAGUUGCCAGGAAUAUAGCCUGUACUGUAUCCACUUAUAUGUGAUAGCCCUGUAACUCAUGGGACAUAGCAAUACUGAAACACAGCAGUGUGAAGAAAGAACAAAGGUAGCUUUGCUCCCAGAGUUAGGGACUGAGAACUGUUUGCUUACUUUAAAAACAAAACAAAAAACCCCAAAACUUGUUCUUGAUUAUUUAAAAAACAAAUCUUGGCCAUAAGGAAUUAUAUGCAAAAUGCCCUAUAGUGUUUCAGUAACACUUGCUUGAUUAAUUUUGAACAAAAAUAACUCUCUAUUAGGGCCUUGUUAUAUUUAGAUUUUUAAAAAUAAAAGAAUUUUAUACUGGUAUGAGGGUGAAUUUGAUGAUAUAUCUUGUUCUCCUUUCCAUGCUGUAAGAAGGUAUACCGGAGUAAACAAUCACAUAGAUUAUAAAUACUGUCCUACUGGUAGGCUCUACUGUUGUAUCUAUGUUAGCCUGUUUGUAAAGCUGUAUAAGUUUAGUGUGUGUGUAAGGCCUAUGCUUACCUGACAGAGUAGUUCUAGUCCUUGUUGAACCUCUCUAGUCCCAGCAGAAAUUUGGAGGAUUGUGCUCAGUAACAUAGAGGUCUGUGAAGACACAGCACAACUGGUUUGGUGUCUAGGAGAAUGCUGAGUUGGAAGGGUCCCAUAAGGAUCCCUUAGUCCUCCUUGCAGGACUACCUAAAACUAAACCAUAUGACCAAGAGUGUCAUCCAGAUGCUUCUUGAACUCUGACAGGUUUGGUGCUGUGGCCACUUCCCUGGGGAGCCUGUUCAAGUGACAAACCACCCUCUUUGUGAAGAACCUUUUCCUAAUGUCUAGUCUGAACUUGCCCUGACGCAGCUUCAUUCUGUUUCCUCAUGCCUCAUCGCUGGUCACCACAGAGAGGAGAGUAGCACCUCCCUGUCCCCUGCCCCCCUUAAGGAAGGUGUAGACUGAGAUGCAUCUCUGGGUGUUAGGAAAACACGUGGCACCCUUUGCCCUUGUUGCCUGAUGCUGAGUAACCAACAGGUGGCUGUACAUGGGCAAAGUGGCCAUGAAUCAUUAUGACUGAGUGGCUAAUGCAAGUGGUCAAAGCGAUGUUGGUGUGAGACUGGACCGCUGACCAACCUUCCCCUCUGCCUCCCAAAAACACAGAAGCAAACCAUUGCCCUUUUGAAGUGGGUGAGUUUGUCCAUGCAGGAAGCAAGCAAAGCCUUCAGAUUUAUGUUAGUGGCUUAUGUGAAGAGUAGAAGAGAGAGGCUUGUCUCACCUGUGUAAGUGACAGGUAAUCUAGCUAACAGCUUAGACUCUUCCUGUGGUUACAGAUGGUCUGCCAUCCCUGGAGAGACUCAUUUGCCCUAUUUGAGGAUGUGACAGCCUCCAGAAGGAAUCCUCUGUCUCCUCAAGACUGGAGGAAGCACAAAUGAUUAGUCUGGGCUAGAUGUCUAAAUUCUAGAUAGGCUAAAGGCAAGGGAGAUGAGUAGCUCCCCCUCAUCUAGAUAUCCAAAAGGGUUUUGCAUUUACUUUGCUCUUAAGUGCCUGUUACAUUUAUUCUUGUCCUUUUUUUUGUUGCUGUUGUUGCUCCUAUUUCUUCUUUUAAAAGUAACAAAUGAAGCCUCCUGUUCCAAGUGAUUUAAAUGAGACUUUUUUUUCAGCUCUAUAUGUGAAAUUUGUAUAGCAGACCUUUAUAAGCUCUGGGUUUUAGGAUUGCAAUGAAUAGUGUGGUAUCCCAAACUGUCCAGCUCUUAGGUUGCAUGUGUGGCAACAGCCACUAUAAGUAGAAGUGGGCUUGCUGGGGAUGAGAAGGCAGAACCAUUAUACAAUUAAAAACAAUAUGACUCCAGCCAGUACUCCUAAGUUUGUGUCAGAACUGUACUGGCUGUUUGAAAUGAUUUCUUAAAUUGCAGCAUUUUCUCUGGCAACUGAGUAAAUUGACGCAGAUCAGUUAGUACGACUCCGGUGAUGGUCUGAGAACUCAUAGGAAUGCCCGUGAUACACAACUGCAGGGCGUGGAAGGGGCAAAUAAUCUAGUGAUAGAAAUUUGUGCCAUCUGCCUGAUGUAGCAUAACUGGUGUUAUUAAAAUGAAAUCUUGUUCUUUCAGCUGGCCCUGCUUGGUUAAUUGGCUAAAAUAGAAGUAAUAAUUAAAUGUGGAAAAUAUUGGAGUUCUCAUUGUCUUGGUGUGAAAUUUAAUGGGCUGAAGUUUCAAGAUCUGCAUGUGGUAAAAGGAUUCUUGCAGUUGAGAAGUCCUGAAUGGCAUUCUCCUUAUAAUGUAACAUAUACAUAUUUAUGCGCAUAUAUAUACACACACAUACAUACCAUACUGUAUCAAAACAUAUAUGUGCUGAGUACUUGUGUUCUUUGGCUUUAACGGUACUCUGCUUUGUUUAAUUGCAGUUCAAUGUAAAAGACAGCGGUUGAUCAAGCUUUGAAACCCAGCCAUUCCUUGGGUAGAAAUGUAAAAGUCCAUAAUAACGACUCUAGGUGAUUUGGACAUGGUACACUUGGAGUUGUGUAAAUCCGAUUAAUUUCUGCAAUAUAAAUCCUAGGCCUUGGUGAAGAUGAGCAUAUUCUUGCACUAACACUACAGUUCUAUAUUGCAGCUUCUGAAAAACAGUUACACUAAAAGAGAAGUAGAUUGCCCUACACUUUGUAAACUAGUAAAAGCUACUCCCUAAGCAGAACAACCGUAUGAUGACUUUCCUAGCUUGAUGUUGUAUUGCUUAAGUAUUGGCUGUAAUUCUAACAAUCGUUGGGUGGAUGACUGGGACAAGUUUUUUUAAUUUGUUUUUGGGUUUGACUGUUCUUAAAAGAAAUAUUUGUAUUCAGACCGUAGCUUCUCUUUCUUCUCCAGUUAUGAAAUGGUUUAACUUUAUGCUACUAAUAGAAAUAUUUUCUUAAGAUUAUAAUCUGUUUGACAGCACAGGGUACUCAAAGUGGGGAGUGUUCGUUUGGCCUUGAUCAUCACUACUGUGGGUGAAUAUGAGAAGGCAGACUGGAGGUGUAUCUUAACAACCUUGCCUCUGUUUAAAAAAUAGUUAAGGUGGUGCCUAAUUUUUUGUGCAUUUCUGAUUUGUACCUUUUUUUUUUUUUUGCCAUUCCCUCAAAAUUCUUCUGCUCCCUGGGGGGGACAUGCAUUGGUGAGCAGCUGGUAUGUCCAUCUUUUUUAACUAGCCUGCUGUUGUCCCAGUUUUCUUGGGGUGAGUGUUUAUCUUUCAAAGGGCAUGGGGAGUUACCUCUCUUCGCUGACAAUGCAGCCAUUUGAGACAGGUGAUGCUGACCACAAAGUUGGUGUGAUGGGCGAGGGUGAGUGGAGGUGGGUCGAUUGGAGGCUGAGGCAUACCAGUUGUGAGUAAAUACUGCCACACUCUUUGUCUUUUCGUUUGUUGGUUUUUGGGUUUUUUUUUUGUACAUGAAUUAAAAAAGCAUAUUUUGCACUGUCUCUUGUACUGUUGUGCAGAAGAAACCUGUAUCUAGAAUCUGUGCUCCAGUCAAAAUGCAAAUAAACCUGUUUGUAAGAAGCA